UUUUUUAAUAGUAAUAGGACUAAUUUAAUUAUAUCUCUACAACACAGCCAUCUCUUAGCUAUAUUCACUAUCAUUCAAAAUUUGGAACGAUUCAAGGCAGGAAAUUUCGGCUUAGGGAGGGGGGAAAGAAGCAGUUUUGUUAAUUUCCCAAAGUACAAAUUUUACAAAAACAAUUACAUAUGUAUAUAUAGAAGAUGAACACUAUAUUUGAAAUUUGAUUGAUUUGUCGAUAAAAUAAAAAUCCUUGGCAAUUUAAUCAAUUUGUUCGUUUGCUAAGAAAAGAGAAGAAAAAUGAACGACGGGGAUGUAUCGAAGCAAAUCCAGCAGAUGGUGAGAUUCAUCCGCCAAGAAGCUGAGGAGAAAGCCAAUGAGAUUUCAGUAUCUGCUGAAGAAGAAUUCAACAUUGAAAAGCUGCAAAUCGUAGAAGCUGAAAGGAGAAAGAUUAAACAAGAGUACGAGCGCAAGGCAAAGCAGGUGGAAAUACGCAAGAAAAUUGAGUACUCAAUGCAGCUGAACGCGUCGAGGAUAAAAGUGCUGCAAGGGCAGGAAGAGUUGGUGAACUCCAUAAAAGAAAGCGCGAGGAAAGAGCUGCAGCGUUUGGGCACUGACAAAAGGGGGUAUAAAAACCUGGUGAAGGCAUUGGUGGUGCAGAGUCUGGUUCGGCUGAGGGAACCGUCGGUGUUGUUGAGGUGCCGAGAGGUGGAUCGUAAGCUGGUGGAAACUAUUAUCGAUGAAGCUAAACGAGAGUACGCAGAGAAAUUCAAUGUACCUCCACCUAAGAUUGUUAUCGACAGUGUUUAUCUCCCACCACCACCGCCCGCUAACGGAGAUGAGUUUGCCCAUCAACCUUACUGCUCGGGCGGAGUUGUGUUGGCUUCGGAAGACGGGAAGAUUGUUUUGGAAAAUACUUUAGAUGCACGCCUAGAAGUUGCUUUCAAGCAGAAAUUACCUGAGAUCCGAAGGCGAUUGGUGGGACAAUUGGGUGGAUGACCAAUUUUCCAUACUUUAUAUAUAAUAAAAAAUAAAUUAUAUGGUAAGAUUUUGCCUGGUCAAUCACCUUUUAAUUUCUGCCUUUAUGGCUUUGAAAAUAUAAAUUAUUAAUAUAUGAUGUUUAAUUUUAUAAA